AAUUCAAGUAUUUAAAUCUAUGUCAGUAGUAAAUUUAUUUAAAUUAAGAAGAGCGUUCACAAAUUUGUAGACGUGUUCAAAAAAAUGUGUGACAAAAAUGAUUCUGUUCCAAUAUUAUCAUUACCAAAAAAUAAUGAACGAUUCAAUAAUUUACGUACUUAUUUUGUGAAAAAAUAUAACUCUGAACCUGAUUAUUUUGUGCGAAUACCAGGAAGAGUUAAUUUAAUUGGGGAGCAUAUUGAUUAUUGCGGAUAUGGAGUUUGUCCGAUGGCUUUGGAUCAAGACAUUAUAGUAGCAGUAAAAAUUAUUCCAGAUUCAAAUACUUUAAAAAUUAAUAAUGUGGAUCCAAAAUAUGGGGAACAUAUUUGCAGUCUUACUAAUUUUAGUAUCGACAUAGAAAACGAAAAAGCUCCAAAAUGGUAUAAUUAUUUUUUGUGUGGUGUAAAAGGUAUACAAGAUGUCGGUGGAGUUGAUUUUGGAUUUGGAUUAAAUGUGGCCGUCACCGGUAAUAUACCACCUGGUUCUGGAUUGUCAAGUUCUAGUGCCUUAGUAAGCGCAUCCGUUUUGGCCUUAGCUUACGCUAAAAAGUUAAAUUUAAACAAAGAAGAACUAGCAAAUAUUAGUGCAUCAUGUGAAAGGUAUAUUGGAACUCAGGGUGGCGGAAUGGAUCAAGCUAUAGCAUUUUUAGCAUCUGAAGGAUGUGCAAAAUUAAUCAACUUUUCACCUUUACGAUGCCAAGAUGUUUACUUACCCAAAGGUGCUACAUUUAUUAUAUCACAUAGUUUAUCGGAAUUAAAUAAAGCUGCAACAUCGGAUUUCAAUUGUCGUGUUAUGGAAUGUAAAUUAGCUGCGAAGCUUUUAGCUCACAAGAAAAAUUUAGAAUGGGAAACCGUAUCGAUUUUAAAACAAGUACAAACUAUGCUAAAUUUAUCCUUGGAAAAAAUGCCUGGAUUAGUAAAUGCAUUAUUACAUGACGAACCGUACACAAAAACCGAGUUAUGUUCCGAAUUUAACAUAAGUAAUGAGAAAUUUGAGUCCAUUCUAAGUCAUAAUACGAAACAUUUAACUACUUUUUACCUGAAACAAAGAUCGCUACAUGUUUACGAAGAGGCCUUACGUGUAACCACCUUUUACAAUCUCUGUGAACAAGUACGAUUAGGUACAGCUAACAAUUCGGAUACGUUAGUUCAACUUGGAAAAUUAAUGAAUGAGAGUCAUGAUAGUUUACAAAAACUCUACGAAUGUAGUCAUGAAAAUUUGGAUGAAAUUGUACAAAUAUCAAGAACUGUUGCUCUCGGCUCGCGUUUAACAGGUGCAGGGUGGGGAGGUUGCUCAGUUAGUCUUGUUAAGCCGGAGAAAGUUGAUGAGUUUAUAGAAAAAUUAAGAAAAUGUUUUUACGAAGAACGCAAUGUGUUUAAACUUGAAGGGUUGGCAUUUGUUUCGUCACCCAAAAAUGGUGCUUCAGUUUUUGUUAACACAUAAAAAGAAUAGAAUAGAAUACUAACUAUUCAAUGACAUAAAUGCAUUGUGCCUAAAAUAUAAAAGCGCUAUUAUGGAUAAUAAAUAAUUUUAUUAAUUAAUAAAACAAUGAUGCUCUUAUUUUGAAUUUGUAAA